AUGGCCAUCGCAGUCGCUCUGGCGCUCUUCAUCGGAGUGGCGCAGCUGAAUCCUGGGGAUCCGGAUUGGCUUACCAUGUUCAUAACCCGCGACCACCAAAGACACGAUUACUCGUACGAUGGUGGCAUACGAGGGUUGACCAUGCUCCUGUUGUUGCGCGCGGUGCUUCGAAGACUUCAUAACGGUGAAAAUCCCCGCCAUAUUCCCUCCCCCUUUCAACUAUUCGACCUCAUAGCAGGGAGUGGCACAGGAGGGUUCAUUGCGGUCUUGCUGGGGCGAUUUUGUCUUUCUAUCGAGACCGCUAUUGAGUGUUGGACGCAUGUUGUCCAGCUCGUCAUAACAAAGCCCAAAUCCGGAGGGGCAUACAAGACUACAGCACUUGAGAAAGUGCUUAGGGAUGUCCUCAGGCGGUUCUGCUUGGCAGAGGAUAUACCGCUUCUUUCGAGCGACCCCACACAAUGCAAGACUUUCAUGCUGGCCAGAGAAGUUGAUGACUCUGGGAACACUGUGCUGCGCACGCUACGUUCCUACCACCACCCUAAAGAACCUGCAGUGGAUUGCACGCUCUUUGCUGCCUUCCGAGCUACGAUGGGACACUCGGCUUUCUUCAAGCCCCUGUCGAUUCAUCGCGGAGAACAUCAGAUCACACUUCUAGAUGCGGGAGACGAUGGCUAUAAUCCCGUCUUCAACAUAUAUGAGGAGGCAAUUUUCCUCUGGCCGUCGCGAGAACUCGGCUACCUGCUCAGCAUCGGACCUGGCAAGGCUGACACGCUGGGUGGUACCCCGCUUCGCAAGUAUGCCAAUUAUCUCUGGGUAUCGCCCACCUCGCAGUCGUAUCUGCAGCACAUCACGAAUUGCUGCGACCGCACCGCGGCCGCUUUUGAGGCGGAAUGGGGCGAAGACUUGGGCGACGGGAAGUACUGCCGUCUGACGCCAUCCAAUCCGCCUGAUGAUAAGAAGAUACGGCCAGAGAAGGAAGAUCCACUGCUCGAACUCAUAAUGCCUUACCUUGGGAGUAUGUACGGGCAACUGUACGCGACGGUCUCCGAGAUGCAGGACGAGCAGGACUAUUAUGCUCGUCUCCGAAGCGAAAUGUAAUCACCGAUCAUGCCUUAUAUAUCAUGGCGAAAGGGGUGCUCAGUAA